AUGUCCCUCAUCCAGCAAAGAUCCCUUUCCUCCCCAGCCCCAGAUAGUAUACCACGAUUAACCACGACUCUACUGUCGCUUUCAAAGUUCCCAGAAUACCUCCACCACCCACACUCUCAUCUCCCUGGGAUCACCGCAGCGUAUAUGAAGCUUCGGGAAGAUGCACAGAACUUUUACCCGUAUCUAGACCAGCCCACUGAACCAGCCAUCCCAUCAUCCCCAGCCCUUGAUCGACGAGCACGCCGUCGAGCAGCAUACACUGCGGUCAUUGCUUUAGCACUUCUUCUAAACACGAUUCCCCGCACACUCAAUUCAGAUAAUGCCACGCUCGACGAGUCGACCUUCUUUUGCGAGCGCAUAAUCAACGAGGCUGCGUUAGCUUCCCGCUACCGUCCGAUUGGCGCUGCUUAUGCCGUGCCAUGCCUGGUAGUUUCAUUGGGUACUGCAGAAGCUCCACAGCAGCUGGCCCGUAUCGAGGCCACAUUGACGGAUUAUCAGACUGACUUUGGGGCCUUUGAAUGGAGGGAACUUGCGACUUGGCUCAGGGCUGUAUUUCACAUCCAUCGCGUACGGAAACCCCUGAUAUCCAGCGAUGUAAAUAUCCUAGCUUUAGGGUUUCCUGGAGCUUGCAUGACCCAGCUGCAGGUUAUAUUCGGGCUGUGUUUAUAUCCGGAUAGUAAAUAA